CUGCUAUUAGUCAAUGUACGUGGCCCAACAUCAUUCCAACAGUUACGAACUGUUGAUGGUGAAUUGUGUGUAUCCUACAGAGAAGCCUGUCAACGUUUGCAAUUGCUUGAAAAUGACGCUCAUUGGGAUCAAACUCUCAAUGAUGCUGUAAUAUCAUCACACGCUCAUCAAAUACGAACAUUGUUUUCUAUAAUCAUAUCUACAUGCUUCCCAUCAAGCCCAAUUGAUUUGUGGAUCAAGUACAAAGAUUAUAUGUGUGAUGAUAUUUUGUAUCAAAUACAGAAUAGAAUGGGAAAUCCAAAUAUACAAAUCAGUGAAGAAAUUUACAAUGAAGCAUUGAUUUCAAUUGAGGACAUGUGCUUGAUAAUGUCAAACAAACUAUUAAUUCAAUUAGGCCUGACCGCGCCCAAUCGUCCAAUGCAUGACGCUUUUAACCAAGAGUUGCAUCGAGAAAGACUGUAUGAUCUCAACGAUUUGAAAGAAUUAAUUCAAACAAAUCUUCCACUGUUAAAUGAACAACAGAAGUAUGUAUUUGAAACUCUUAUGAAAGUAACAAAUGAUGAAACUGGAGGGAUUUACUUCUUAGAUGCACCUGGUGGUACAGGAAAAACUUUUUUGAUUUCAUUAAUAUUAGCAACAAUUCGCUCACAAAAUAAAAUUGCACUUGCACUCGCUUCGUCGGGAAUCGCAGCAACUUUGCUUGAAGGUGGUCGAACAGCCCAUUCAGCACUAAAAUUGCCAUUAAAUAUGCAUAGCAAUGAAACUCCAACCUGCAACGUUUCGAAGAACUCUGCAAUGGCAAAGGUUUUGCAGCAAUGUAAAUUGAUUGUUUGGGAUGAAUGCACGAUGGCACAUAAAAAAUCUUUGGAGGCUUUGGACAGAACCUUAAAAGAUCUACGGAGCAAUAAUAACCGAUUUGGUGGUGCAAUGAUUUUAUUAGCAGGAGAUUUUCGUCAAACAUUGCCGGUGAUUCCACGAUCAACGCCAGCUGAUGAACUCAAUGCAUGUCUAAAGUCCUCCAGUUUGUGGAAACAUGUCAAAGUACUUCAUUUAAGCAAGAAUAUGCGUGUCGAGUUGCAAAAUGACCAAUCUGGAAACAUAUUCUCUAAACAACUCAUUGACAUUGGUAAUGGCAAAUUUCCUAUAGACAUGUUGACUGGCUGCAUUAACUUUCCUCUAAGUUUUUGUCAGUUAACUCGAUCAAAAGAUGAACUUAUUCAGAAGGUGUUUCCAGAUGUUUCUCAAAAUUACAGAAACCAUGAUUGGUUGAGCGAACGAGCUAUACUGGCUGCAAAAAACAUAGAUGUAAAUGAAUUAAAUUUCAAAAUUCAAGAACAAAUUACAGGCGAAUUGAUGAUAUAUAAAUCAGUUGAUUCGGCUACUAAUCAAGAUGAUGUAGUCAACUAUCCACCGGAAUUUUUAAACUCGCUGGAUUUGCCAGGAUUGCCACCUCACAAUCUUCAAUUAAAGGUUGGAUCGGUGGUUAUAAUGUUGCGAAAUAUCAACCAACCGCGUCUUUGCAACGGUACACGGUUAGCGAUAAAAAAAUUACUAAACAAUGUGAUAGAAGCAACUAUACUCAAAGGAAAGUAUAAAGGAGAAGAUGUUCUCAUACCGCGCAUCCCAAUGAUUCCGACUGAUGUGCCAUUUGAGUUUAAACGACUACAGUUUCCAGUGCGUCUUGCUUUUGCUAUGACUAUAAACAAGUCACAGGGGCAAUCAUUAAGUGUUUGUGGUAUUAAUCUAGAAAACCCAUGUUUCUCACAUGGUCAAUUGUAUGUUGCCUGUUCCCGUGUUGGAAAACCAUCAGAUUUGUUUAUCUAUGCGCCAGGUAAUCAAACAAGAAACAUCGUAUACCACAAAGUACUACAAUGAUAAUAAUAAUAAUUAUGAUUCACAUGAUUAACAAUAA